AUGAGCAGCAACAAAAACGAGCUUACUCUGCCCAUUUCAGCAAUAAUCUUGACUGGUUUGUGGUAUAUAUGGACAGUUUCAAGCUCCUCCAAUGGCAGAUCACCACUGCCACCAGGUCCAUGUUCCUUGCCAAUUGUAGGAUACCUUCCAUUUCUUAGCCGUGAUCUGCACAAACAGUUCGUCAAUAUGGCUCACAGUUAUGGUCCCAUUUUCAAGUUCCACCUCGGAAGCAAACUUUGUGUCGUGAUAAACACCCCUGAUUUAGCAAAAGUUGUGGUUCGUGAACAAGAUGAGAUAUUUGCUAACCGUAAUGCCACCAUCGCUGCAUUAGCAAUCACUUACGGCGGCCAAGAUGUAGUAAUGUCUGACAAUAACUCGGAUUGGCGCAACCUUCGUAAGAUAUUUGUCCAUGAGGUCCUAAGCCACAAGAAUGUCGAAGCAUCUAGGUACUUUAGAAGGGAUGAAGUUAGGAAAACUAUCAGAAAUGUUUAUAGUAAAAUCGGGAACACAAUUGACAUUAGUGAGAUUGCUUUCUCAACAGAGGCCAAAGUCCUAACAAGCAUGCUUUGGGGAAAUACUUCAGAAGAAAAAGCAAAUGGUGGCCAGAUUACAGCCGAGUUGCACAUCAUUGUUGCCAAUAUUGUCGAGUUGAUGAGCAAGCCAAAUAUGUCUGAUAUCUUCCCUAGUCUCGCAUGGCUUGAUCUACAAGGCAUCGAGCAGAACACGAAGAGGCAACUUGACCGAACAUUAUGGUUGCAGGAACAGACACAACGACAACGACUGAUAGAGUGGGCAAUGGCUGAGAUUAUGCAAAAUCAUGACAUAAUGAAAAGAAUUCAAGAAGAAUUACUACAAAUCGUAGGACCCAACAAGAUUGUCGAAGAAUCUCAUCUCCCGAAACUACAAUACCUCGAUGCAACUAUUAAGGAAACAUUACGGUUGCACCCUGUACUCCCUUUCAUACUUCCAAGGUCACCAAGCCAAGAUCGUGUGGUAGGUGGAUAUACCAUUCCGAAGGGUUGUACAGUGCUUCUUAAUGUUUGGGCCAUCCAUCGGGAUCCUCGGUAUUGGGACAAUCCUUUGGAAUUCAAUCAAGAGAGGUUCUUGACAAACAAAUAUGACUUCAAAGGAAGCAAUCUCAACUUCUUCCCGUUCGGAUCUGGGAGAAGAUUGUGUCCUGGUGUUCCAUUGGCGGAGAAAAUGCAAUUGUAUAUAUUGGCCUCGCUCCUACAUUCGUUCGACUGGAGCUUGCCGGAGGGUGAAGACCAUGACCUCUUGGAAAAUUUUGGCAUUACUCUAAAGAAAAGAAAUCCACUCUUCGCAGUCCCAUCACAAAGGUUGCGGAACGCCAACCUCUAUAUGUAG